CGGCACGGCGCGGAUGACACAACAUGGUCACGGCUCCUAGAGAUCGACGUGCUGGCGAGCAGCACCGCUUGACUCCCCCGUCCUCCUCGGCCGCCCCGGCAGCGAUCGGAGCCAGCUGCAGGAGUUGAGCCGCCCCGCGCCACAGGGUUUGGCGAAACUCUCGGAGGGGCGCAGAGCGAAGGAAGCGCUGGCCGAGAGAGCCCUUCGGGAACCAGGCGGUCUGCUGGGGUCGCCGGCGGAGGGGCGUUUCCGAGGCGUGGAGGAGGAGGAGAUGCUGCUCCUCUUCUCCCCCUCCCCAGGCGCCUUCUUCAGCUCCUCCGGCCCACGCCCGCAGCUGCUUGGGGGAGAAGAGGUGGUGGCUUUCGGCGCCCACGGCGGCUGCCGGCGGCCGGCCCCGAAACCGCGUCCCGUCCGCCGUUGCCCGGCGCGCCAAUAGCAAGACCAGGUCUCGGGACAAGCGGGUAAUAUGCACGUGUCACUAGCUGAGGCCCUGGAGGUUCGGGGUGGACCACUGCAGGAGGAAGAAAUAUGGGCUGUAUUAAAUCAAAGUGCAGAAAGUCUCCAAGAAUUAUUCAGAAAAGUAAGCACAGUUGAUCCUGCCACCCUCGGCUUCAUCAUUUCUCCAUGGUCUGUGCUGCUGCUACCGUCUGGCAGUGUGUCAUUUACAGAUGAAAAUAUUUCCAAUCAGGAUCUCCGAGCUUUCACUGCACCAGAGGUUCUUCAAAAUCAAUCGCUAACCUCUCUCUCAGAUGUCGAAAAGAUCCAUAUUUAUUCUCUUGGAAUGACGUUGUACUGGGGGGCUGAUCAUGAAGUGCCUCAGAGCCAACCUAUCAAACUUGGAGAUCAUCUCAACAGCAUACUGCUUGGAAUGUGUGAGGAUGUUAUUUACGCUCGGGUUUCUGUUCGGACUGUCUUGGAUGCUUGCAGUGCCCACAUUAGGAAUAGCAAUUGUGCACCUUCAUUUUCUUAUGUGAAGCAGUUGGUAAAACUGGUUCUGGGAAAUCUUUCUGGGAUGGACCAGCUUUCCCAUAUCAAUGAACAAAAGCCUGAUCGAAGCCAGGCUAUUCGAGACCGAUUAAGAGGAAAAGGAUUACCAACAGGAAGAAGCUCUACUUCUGAUGUACUAGACAUACACAAGUCUCCAUUCUCUCAUCAGACCUUUCUUAACAAAGGGCUUAGUAAAUCUAUGGGAUUUUUGUCCAUCAGAGACACACAAAAUGAGGAAGAUUGUUUCAAGAACAUUUCAUCAGAUAAUAAUUCUGGACAUGAAGAUUCUGAAAAUACCUGCUCCCCUUACCAGCUUAAAACUAGUGGCCCAGGAAAUAUAUCUGGCAUUGAUGUGCUUCCCAGGAAGAAGAUUUGGGCUUCAUCCAUGGACUUGGUUUGCACAAGUGACAGAGACUUCUCUUCUGGAAAGACUGGCAGAUACCAACAUUGUCUCCCAGAAGCAAUAACAGUGCGGACUUCAACUACUCCUAGAAAAAAGGAAGCAAGAUACUCAGAUGGAAGCAUAGCCUUGGAUAUCUUUGGCCCUCAGAAAAUGGAUCCAUUGUUUCACACACGAGAAGUGCCCACCUCCUCAGCAAUAUCAAAUGCUUUGGACCGAAUCCGAGAAAGACAAAAGAAACUCCAGGUUCUGAGAGAAGCCAUGAAUGUAGAAGAACCAAUUCGAAGAUACAGAGCUUACAACAGUGAUGUCUUUAGUACCUCCAGUGAAAGUCCGUCUAUUAUUUCCUCUGAAUCAGAUUUCAGACAAGUGAGAAAAAGUGAAGCGUCAAAGAGAUUUGAAUCCAACAGUGGUCUCAUAGGGGUGGAUGAAACCCCAAGUCAAGGCCAGUCACAAAGACCAAGCAGACAAUAUGAAACACCCCUUAAAGGCAACCUAAUUAAUCAAGAAAUCAUGCUAAAACGGCAAGAAGAAGAAAUGAUACAGCUACAAGCCAGAAUGGCCCUCAGACAGUCUCGGUUGAGCCUGUACCCUGGAGAUACAGUCAAAGCUUCUAUGCUUGACCUUAAUAGGGAUCCCUUAAGAGAAAUGGCCCUAGAAACAGCCAUGACCCAAAGAAAACUGAGGAACUUCUUUGGCCCUGAGUUUGUGAAAAUGACAGUCGAACCAUUUAUAUCUUUGGAUUUGCCACGAUCUAUCCUUGCCAAGAAAGGGAAGAAUGAGGAUCAACGAAGAAAAGUAAACAUAAUGCUUCUGAGUGGGCAGAGACUGGAACUGACUUGUGAUACCAAAACUAUAUGUAAAGAUGUGUUUGAUAUGGUUGUGGCCCAUAUUGGCUUAGUGGAACAUCAUUUGUUUGCUUUAUCCACCCUUAAAGAUAAUGAAUAUUUCUUUGUUGAUCCUGAUUUAAAAUUAACCAAAGUGGCCCCAGAAGGAUGGAAAGAAGAACCAAAGAAAAAGAGCAAAGCCACUGUUAAUUUUACUUUGUUUUUCCGAAUUAAAUUUUUCACAGAAGAUAUUAGUCUCAUACAACAUACUCUGACCUGUCAUCAGUAUUAUCUUCAGCUGCGGAAAGAUAUCUUGGAGGAGAGGAUGCACUGUGAUGAUGAGACUUCUUUAUUGCUUGCAUCCUUGGCCCUCCAGGCUGAGUAUGGAGAUUAUCAACCAGAGGUUCAUGGUGUGUCUUACUUUAGACUGGAGCAUUAUUUGCCUCCCAGAGUGAUGGAGAAACUUGAUUUAUCCUACAUUAAAGAAGAGUUACCCAAAUUGCAUAACACUUAUGUGGGAGCUUCUGAAAAAGACACAGAGUUAGAAUUUUUAAAGGUCUGCCAAAGACUAACAGAAUAUGGAGUUCAUUUUCACCGGGUACACCCCGAGAAAAAGUCACAAACGGGAAUAUUGCUUGGAGUCUGUUCUAAAGGUGUCCUAGUGUUUGAGGUUCACAAUGGAGUUCGCACAUUGGUCCUUCGCUUUCCGUGGAGGGAAACUAAGAAGAUUUCUUUUUCUAAAAAGAAAAUCACAUUGCAGAAUACAUCAGAUGGAAUAAAACAUGCCUUCCAAACAGACAACAGUAAGGUAUGUCAGUACCUGCUGCACCUCUGCUCUUCCCAGCAUAAGUUCCAGCUACAGAUGAGAGCAAGACAGAGCAACCAAGAUGCCCAUGAUAUUGAGAGAGCUUCGUUUAGGAGCCUGAAUCUCCAAGUGGAGUCCAUUAGAGGAUUUAAUAUGGGACGAGCAAUCAGCACUGGCAGUCUGGCCAGCAGCACCCUGAACAAACUUGCCAUGCGACCUCUGUCCGUUCAAGCUGAGAUUCUGAAGAGGCUAUCCUGCUCAGAGCUCUCGCUUUACCAGCCAUUGCAAAACAGUGCAAAAGAGAAGAGUGACAAAGCUUCAUGGGAGGAAAAACCUAGAGGGAUGAGUAAAUCAUAUCAUGAUCUCAGUCAGGCCUCUCUCUAUCCUCAUCGGAAAAAUCUCAUUGUUGACAUGGAAUCCCAACCACAAACCAUGACGGAGUUUGUAGGAAAAUCACUUCACCAGGUGGCAAGAUCUGAUACAGAAUCUUUGGCAGGAUUCACAAAACUUAAUAAUUCAAAGUCUGUUGCAAGUUUAAAUAGAAGUCCUGAAAGGAGGAAACAUGAAUCAGACUCCUCAUCCUUUGAAGACCCUGGUCAAGCAUAUGUUGUAGGAAUGACUUUGCAUAGUUCUGGAAAUUCUUCAUCCCAAGUACCCUUAAAAGAAAAUGAUGUGCUACACAAAAGAUGGAGCAUAGUCUCUUCACCAGAAAGGGAGAUCAACUUGGUGAACUUGAAAAAAGAUGCAAAGUAUGGCUUAGGAUUUCAAAUUAUUGGUGGGGAGAAGAUGGGAAGACUGGAUCUGGGUGUUUUUAUUAGUUCAGUUACCCCUGGAGGACCAGCUGACUUGGAUGGAUGCUUAAAGCCAGGAGACCGUUUGAUAUCUGUGAACAGUGUGAGUCUGGAGGGGGUCAGCCACCAUGCUGCAAUUGAAAUUUUGCAAAAUGCACCUGAAGACGUGACACUUGUUAUUUCUCAGCCAAAAGAGAAGAUAUCCAAAGUGCCAUCUACUUCUGUGCACAUUGCCAAUGGCAUGAAAAACUACACGAAGAAGCCUUCCUACUUGCAAGACAUUGCCAUAGAUUUGUCUGAGGAUCACCACUGGCCACGUGGUACCCCAAAGCACAUCUCAGAGAGUUCUCUGGGGCUGCCUGGGGGCCUGUGGGAAGGAAGCCUGAGUUCUCAAGAUUCCAGAACUGAGAGUGCCAGCUUGUCCCAGAGCCAGGUCAAUGGUUUCUUUGCCAGCCGUGUAGUGGGCCAAACCUGGCAGGAAUCACAGCAUGGCAGCCCUUCCCCAUCUGUGAUAUCCAAAGCCACUGAGAAAAAGAGGAUUUCUAGUGACAGUAACCAAAGCAAAACUAAAACCCCAGGCAUUUCUGAUGCAAUGUAUUACUCUGACCGUGGAGAUUCAGAUACGGAUGAAGCCACUUAUUCCAGCAGUCAGGAUCAUCAAACACCAAAACAGGAAUCUUCCUCCUCAGUGAACACAUCCAACAAAAUGAAUGUUAAAACUUUUCCUUCAUCACCUCCUAAACCUGGAGAUAUCUUUGAGGUUGAGCUUGCUAAAAAUGAUAACAGCCUGGGGAUAAGUGUCACGGUACUGUUUGACAAGGGAGGUGUAAAUACCAGUGUCAGACAUGGAGGCAUUUAUGUGAAAGCUGUUAUUCCCAAGGGUGCAGCAGAGUCUGAUGGUAGAAUUAACAAAGGUGAUCGUGUCCUAGCUGUCAAUGGAGUUAGUCUGGAAGGAGCUACUCAUAAGCAAGCUGUGGAAACACUGAGAAAUACAGGCCAGGUGGUACAUCUGUUGUUGGAAAAAGGACAGUCUCCAGCAUCUAAAGAACAUGUCCCUAUAAUCCCACAGUGUACACUUCCAGACCCAGAUGCCCAAGCUCAAGCCCCAGAAAAAAUGAUGAAGAAAAUGACUCAUGUCAAAGACUACAGCUUUGUCACUGAAGAGAAUACAUUUGAGGUAAAAUUAUUUAAAAAUAGCUCAGGCCUGGGUUUCAGUUUUUCUCGAGAAGAUAAUCUUAUCCCUGAGCAAAUGAAUACCAGCAUAGUAAGGGUUAAAAAGCUCUUUCCUGGACAGCCAGCUGCAGAAAGUGGACAAAUUGAUGUAGGAGAUGUUAUCUUGAAGGUGAAUGGAGCCUCUUUGAAAGGACUGACUCAGCAGGAAGUUAUAUCUGCUCUCAGAGGAACAUCUCCAGAAGUAUGCUUACUUCUCUGUAGACCUCUACCUGGUGUGCUACCAGAAAUCGACCCUGCUCUUUUGACCCCACUGCACUCUCCAGCACAAGUACUUCCAAACAACAAUAAAGAACCUUCUCAUCCAUUAUGUGUGGAGCAAGGCAUCAGCUCAGAUGAAAAUGAAGUGAAUGAAAAAAGCGAGAAACAAUGCAUGUCCCCAUCCAGAAGAGAUAGUUAUAGUGACAGCAGUGGAAGUGAAAAAGAAGAUUUAGUGAAAGCUCCAGCAAAGACACCAAAUAUGAGCUGGGGUUCAGCUUUGCAUCAGACUCCAAGCAAUGUGGUAUCACAGGCACAAAGUCAACAUGAAGCACCCAAGAGUCAAGAAGAUACCAUUUGUACCAUGUUUUACUGUCCUCAGAAAAUACCUAAUAAAUCAGAACUUGAGGAAAGUAAUUCUCCUUCCCCUCCACCACCGGAUGUGACUCCUGGGCAGAGUUGUCAGUCUCAGUCAGAAUCUGCUUCCACUAAUUCAAUGAAUAAAUACCAUACACAUUAUACUUCUGAACCAACUAGACAAGAAGGCUUGACAUCUUUGAAAAAUGACUUGGAAAACCACCUUGAAGACUUGGAGCUGGAAGUAGAACUCCUCAUUACCCUAAUUAAAUCAGAAAAAGGAAGUCUGGGUUUUACAGUAACCAAAGGCAAUCAUAGUAUUGGUUGUUAUGUUCAUGAUGUCAUUCAGGACCCAGCAAAAAGUGAUGGAAGGCUAAGACCUGGGGAUCGUCUCAUAAAGGUUAAUGAUACAGAUGUUACAAACAUGACUCACACAGAUGCAGUGAAUCUGCUCCGAGCUGCACCCAAGACAGUUAGAUUAGUUCUUGGGCGAGUUCUAGAAUUACCUAGGAUGCCAAUGCUGCCUCAUUUGCUACCUGACAUUUCAUUAACUUGCAACAAAGAGGAGUUGGGUUUUUCCUUAUCUGGAGGUCACAACAGCGUUCAUCAAGUGGUAUACAUUAGUGAAAUCAAUCCGAGGUCAGUUGCAGCCAUUGAGGGCAAUCUCCAACUACUAGACAUCAUCCACUAUGUGAAUGGAGUCAGUACACAUGGAAUGACCUUGAAAGAAGCUAAGAGAGCAUUAGAGAUGUCACUCCCUGCAGUGGUGCUGAAAGCAACAAGAGAUGGGCAUCCAGUCGUCCCUAGUUCCAAGAGUUCUGCUGCUUCAACUCCAAAGUCAAACAAAGCCAAUGAUCAUCAUACUGUGGAAGCUUGUAGCAAGCUGGUCCUCACUCCUAAUAAUUCAUUCUCCAAGGUUAAUGGGGAAGAAGUAAUUGAAGUUUUGUACCCUGAAGGAAAAUGCUCUACUUAUCAGAUGAAGGGAUCAGCAAAUUUGAUUCUAUCCAAAGAAUCUGAUGUACAAGAAGAUGAUAUUUAUGAUGAUCCUCAAGAAGCUGAAGUUAUCCAGUCUCUACUGGAUGUUGUUGAUGAGGAAGCCCAGAAUCUUUUAAACCAAAAUAAUGCAGCAGGAGAUACCUGUAUUUCAGGUACAGUGAAAACCAAUGGGAAGUUAUCUGAAGAGGGAGGAGAAGAUACAGACUGUGAUGAUUCACCUUUACCUGAAGAUUGUCCAGAGUCUACCAAAAUGAAUGACUGUGAAGAAUACUGUGAAGGGAAUAUAAAAAGUGAAAGCUUAAUUCAGAAGUCUCAAGAAAGAAAGACUGAUGAAGAUGAAAUAACAUGGGGAAGUGAUGAAUUGCCAACAGAAACAACAAGCCAUGAAGAUUCUGCUAAAGAUCACUACUUUCUGACCAGUGAGGAGCUCACCACUCUCCCUGUUGUCAAAGUGCUUCCCACCGGUAAAUACACUGGUACAAAGUUGAAAUCAGUCAUUCAAAUGUUGCGGGGUUUACUAGAUCAAGGAAUCCCAUCUAAGGAGCUGGCGAAUCUUCAAGAAUUAAAACCUUUGGAUCAGUGUCUAAUUGGACAAACUAAGGAAAACAGAAGGAAAAAUCGAUACAAAAAUAUACUUCCCUAUGAUGCUACAAGAGUGCCUCUUGGAGAUGACAGUGGAUAUAUCAAUGCCAGUUUCAUUAAGAUACCAGUGGGAAAAGAAGAGUUCCUUUACAUUGCCUGCCAAGGACCUCUCCCUACAACUGUUGGAGAUUUUUGGCAGAUGAUUUGGGAACAGAAGUCCACAGUGAUAGCCAUGAUGACCCAAGAAGUAGAAGGAGAAAAAAUCAAAUGCCAGCGCUAUUGGCCUGACACCCUAGGCAAGACAACAAUUGUCAGUAACAGACUUCGGCUGGCUCUCGUGAGCAUGCAGCAGGCACAGGGCUUUGUGGUAAGGGCGAUGACCCUAGAAGACAUUCAGACAGGAGAGGUACGACAUAUUUCUCAUCUGAAUUUCACUGCCUGGCCAGACCAUGAUACACCUUCUCAGCCAGACGACUUGCUCACCUUUAUCUCUUACAUGAGACACAUUCAUAGAUCGGGCCCCAUCACCACACACUGCAGCGCUGGCAUUGGACGUUCAGGGACCCUGAUAUGCAUAGACGUGGUUCUAGGGUUAAUUGGUCAAGAUCUUGAAUUUGACAUCUCUGAUUUAGUGCGCUGCAUGAGACUACAAAGACAUGGAAUGGUUCAGACAGAGGAUCAAUACAUUUUCUGCUAUCAAGUCAUCCUUUAUGUCCUGACACGUCUUCAAGCUGAAGAGGAGCAAAAAGAGCAAACCCAACUUCUGAAAUGACAUGAGAAGAAGAAAUGCCUUUCCAUUUCCCUCCUAACAUCCAACAGAUGCUCCUGCUCUAUUUAAAGUAAAGAUGACAGGGCGCCAAGUCCACACAAUGUUAUUAUGCUUAUUCUCCUCUACCUUAGAGGAGGGGCAUUCUUCAUAACAGUAAAUAAUGUUGAAAUGUUGUAUUUUUACAGCUACUUUAACCUGUGAUCAUUAUUUUAAAAUUUUUAAUACUAAAUGAAUAAUGCAGAUCUUAGGGAUGUUUAAAGCAGCAUUUGAUUAUAGUUGACAUUGUUACAAAGACGCACUGAGUCUAUUUUUAAUCUACCAAUCAUGUUUAUAGUAAAGUUCUUUCCCAGUAUUUUAGUAGAGUCAUUUUAUAGGGGAUACUUGAAACCAGUACGUAAGCUUUAAAUGACAGUAAUAUUGGCAUAGAAAAAAGUAGCAAAUGUUUACUGUAUCAAUUUCUACUAUUUACUAUACAGAAUUUCCUGUAAUGUAUUUAUAUGCUUUUUCAUGAAAAUGGAGUUACCAGAUAUGUUUGUAACUACAUCUGUUUAUGUAUUAUCUCACAUUGUAAAUAAAAAAAUACACUUUAAAAUAUGAACAA